UUGUAAACAGCGCGAGAUUAGUUUUGUUCUUCAAUUCCCUCUUCCUUUCCCUCUUAACUAGAGUAUUCCUUACUGAUAUUGGUUUUGGUCAACCUUAAACAUAUCGUGACAAGUGUCACUGAGUCAUCUAGGCUGUUGUUCAAACUCUAUUGUCACCAGUGUCAGAGACGAGAGCACCUCGGUCAGCUGUCACUUCUGACUUCUGGCAUUGAAGUUGCACAGUGCCACACACUGGCAGGCAGUCACUCACUCAGCCUCAGUGCUCGGGUUUGUUUUGUGACUUAGCUUGCCACUUGACAAGAUGUCCAGAGAUAAAGAUUUAGAGCUCGCUCUUCAAUUGCAGGCGCAGUUUGACCGAGAACAUUCCACAGGAAAUCACCAUGGCAUAGUGGACUUGUCUGAUGAAUCUGAUGAUAUUGCAAACAAAAAUGACCCAAGUUUCAACUUCGGCAAAGUCGUCAGCGUAGGUUCGAGUGACGACGACUUGUCGAGGGGUGUUGGUAAAACGGAAUCCAUGUCCAUAGUUGACAAACGUUGGGAACUUCUCGAUCCAAGCCCGGACAUGAGGGCCAUGUUUUUAGAGUUUAAUGAUAAAUACUUCUGGGGACGAUUGGCUGGUGUUGAAGUGAGGUGGAGUCCAAGAAUGACUUUGUGUGCUGGCCUGUGCUGUUAUGAAGGACACGGUGGACUAUGCUCCAUUAGGUUGAGUUCACCAUUAUUGAAGCUUAGACCAAGGAAAGAUCUGGUGGAAACAUUGUUGCACGAAAUGAUCCAUGCCUACCUGUUUGUGACAGCGAAUAAUAAGGAUCAUGAUGGCCAUGGACCUGAGUUCUGCAAACACAUGAACCGGUUAAAUAAAUCUACUGGAACCAGCAUCUCGAUUUAUCACAACUUCCAUGAUGAGGUGGAUGUGUAUCGUCAACAUUGGUGGCGCUGUGACGGCCCUUGCCAGAAACGACCCCCCUACUACGGCAUGGUGCGAAGAGCCAUGAACAGAGCACCCUCUGCAAGAGACCCCUGGUGGGGGGGGCAUAAGAGCACGUGUGGGGGAUCGUACACCAAGGUCAAGGAACCCGAAGGGUAUGGAGUCAAGAAAGGAACAAAAAGGAAGAAGGAGGACCCAGAGAAUAGUGGCAGUGGAAAUGAAACUAAGAAGAGAGUGACAGAAGACGCCUCGGGCUUCCCAGGUAAAGGUCAGGCACUCGGGGGAAGCAGCACCACUUCAAGGCUUCUAACCAAAGACCAAAAUACGCUGCACAAGUUCCUGAAGAAAACAGAAGUCAGUCCAUCUACGUCGUCUCACAUCCCGUCGAGAACAAAGAGUCCGGAGAAAGACGAGCAGUCAGACUCUGGAAAAGAAAAUCUCUCGAAAAGCUUGAGACUGAAAGCCCUGGCCGCAAUAUUUGACAGUGACUCUUCAGACGAUGAGGAUGUUGUAAUUGUUAAGUUUGGCAAUCCUCAUCCUCAGAGCAAUGGAAAGGACAAACCUGCCCUAGGUGCAACUCAACAACCGACUCAUCGUUACAGAAACACUCCAAGUUCUUCAUCUCCGAGCUCUUCUGCUCAAGGGAAACCCACUACCCUCCCUACACCAAGACUCUCAACGAACACCUCCAGCAAGCAACAAGGGGCUUCAAUGUCCAACAGCAUUAGGGAGGCUGGGGAUGACAAAACUGCCAGAAGUAUACACGUAGCUGCAACUCCACAGUCAACUCAUCUUUACAAAAACUCUUCAAAUUCUUCAAGCACUUCUAAUCUAGGGAACUCCACUAGCCUCCCUUCACCCAGACUCUCAACAAACUCAUCUAACAAGCAACAAGGGGCUUCAACGUCCAACAGCAACAGGGAGGAUCGGGAUGGCAAGAAGCAAGACUCUAUUGUUGAUGCUUUUGGCCGAUUGAGAAAGAAAUCGGGGAAUUUGGAGGCAACUAGUGGAACAAAUCCAUGGACCAAUGAGCCCAAGAGAACUGACAAAAGUAACUCAACUGUUUCUAGAGGUGGUGUCUUAACUUUUGAUACAGAAGUAGCUGCUGGAAGGCAGUCCACAGAUGUGCAUGACGGAGCAGAUAUGGUGAAGUGUCCUGUAUGCACCUGUGAGAUACAGCAGUCCAAAAUCAACCAACAUCUUGACCAAUGUCUUUCGUGAUGCAAGUACAUAGAAACACUUUCU